GCCAUUUGUUCUCAUGUGUUGUAUGUUAUUUUGUAUUGAAUUGUCUGAACAGGUGGUGAAUUCGCCUCUGAAUACAGCGGUCCCCGAGAGGCCGAUGGUAUCGUGAAGUACAUGCGCUCACAAGUAGGUCCGGCCUCCAGACUGGUCGAGACGCGCGCCAAACUCGAGGAAGCGCUCACUAAGGCUAAGGAUGUGAUCGUUUUGGGUAUCUUCGAGUCGGACGACAAGUCCGCAGUUCAGACCAGUUUCCUGAAGACGGCGGACAAACUGCGAGAGUCCGUCAACUUUGUGCACGUGUUCACCGAAACGGUUUCCGAUGCACUCAAACUGAAACUGUUCGCCGAUCUCAAGGACAAGAAGGCGCCCACUAUUGUCCUCAUCCGACCCAAAGAGCUCAAGAAUAAGUUCGAGUCAAACGUUGUUCAAUACGCUUCCGGAGACGUCGAGGAGUUCAUUAAAACCAAUUAUCACGGAAUCGUUGGUCACAGAACUCAGAACAACAAUCAGGACUUUAAGAAUCCGUUAGUCAUUGUCUACUAUGAUGUCGAUUACGUGAAGAACAUUAAGGGAACCAAUUAUUGGCGAAACCGUGUGCUGAAAGUGGCCCAGAAUUACAAGGAAUUGAAUUUUGCCAUUUCUAAUGCCCAACAAUUCGCCGGAGAGCUCGAGGAGUUCGGUCUCGAGUCGCCCAAAGACCGAGAGGCGACACCAGUGGUGGGCGCACGCGAUGCUCAGGGAUUGAAGUACGCGUUCAAAGAGAAGUUCUCCGUCGAGACGUUCGAGCAGUUCGUCAAAGACUUUAAGGACGGAAAACUGGAAGCGUUUGUGAAGUCAGAGGAAGUGCCCGCCGAUAACGAUGUCGCCGACGUUAAGGUCGCCGUCGGCAAGAACUUUGACGAACUCGUGACCAAAGCAGAUAAGGACACACUCAUCGAGUUUUACGCCCCGUGGUGUGGACACUGCAAGAAGUUGGCCCCGACUUUCGAUGAAUUGGUGAUGAGUCUAUUCAAGACGGGUCUGACCAUUGAUGACCAGCUACUGACUGAUAGUCGACAAUCAAUAUGCAAAGCCCUGAAGAACGAGCCGGGAGUACAGGUUGUGAAGAUGGACGCGACGGCUAAUGACGUUCCGGCGCCGUUUGUUGUGCACGGAUUCCCGACUCUGUAUUGGUAUCCAAAGGAUAAGUCGAUCCAGAAAUACGAGGGCGGAAGAGAGGCAUCGGAUUUCUUGAAUUACAUAUCAAAACACGCGACCGAAGAGCUGAACGGUUACGACAGGAGUGGCAAUCAAAAGGCGAUCAAAGAGGAGCUU